GAGUGACGAUGAGAUGUGCGACGCAGCCAUUGGCUAAGCAGAAGGUCGAGGCCACGCCUUCUCCCGCCAGUUCCGCCCCUCCGCCGCCUGGCGCUGAUAUAGUGUCCAGGCCAUUAGUGCAGCUCACACUGCGAGAACGCUCACACGCCAUUUCGUCGUCUCGCCGAGGAACUUCUCGUGUUCGGCUGUCAUCAUGAAGUACAAGUUCAGUGGCCUGAUGGCACCUACGCUCACGCCGUUCAUGAACGACAGUGAGCAGAAACUGAGUCUCGGCUGCAUACCGCAGUAUGCGCAGUUCCUCUCCAGCAAGGGGAUACACGGCGUCCUAGUGAACGGCACCAGUGGCGAGGGCAUGUCCAUGACGGUGGAGGAGCGCGAGGCGGCCACAGAGGCAUGGGCCAAGGCCGUCAAGGUCACGAAGCAGAACCUCAUGGUGCAGGUGGGCGGAGCCUGCUUGCCUGACGUGCUGCGCAUGGCACGCCACGCAGAGGCGCUGGGAGUGGACGGCCUGCUGUGUCUGCCGGAGCUGUUCAACAGCCCCGCCGGCGAGCAGCAGCUGGUGGACUACCUGUCGCUGGUGGCCGCCGUGGCGCCCCGCACGCCGCUGCUCUACUACCACAACCCGCCCUACUCGGGCGUGCACGUGGACAUGCCCAAGGUGUUGGCGCUGGCGGAGAAGCAGAUCCCGACGUUCGCCGGCGCCAAGUACACCGACACCGACAUGCAGACCGGCGCGCACUGCCUGCGCGUCCCCAACACCAGCGUGUUCCUCGGCUGCGACAACGUGCUGGCCGGGGCGUUCGCGCUGGGCUUCGACUCGGCCAUAGCGACCACCCUGAACAUGGUCCCGGGCUACGGCACCGCCAUCUUGGACGCCGUGGCGAAGAGCGACGUGGCGCGCGCCCGCCAGGAGCAGGCCAAGCUCACGGACGCCAUCUUCGCCAUCUCCAGGAACGGCGGCUGGGUCAGCACCAUGAAGGUCGCCAUGAACCUGCUGACGGACAUCGACGUGGGCGGGCCCCGCCCCCCGCUGCGCCCCCUCACCCAGGACCAGGUGCAGCAGAUGAAGGGCGAGCUGAAGGGCCUGGGACUGCUCUAGGGCCCGUGCAGACACCGCGCCUCCCCUCCAAACACAGUGCUUCUGGUCGGGGGUCCCCCUUAUAUGACACACAAGAAUAUUUCAUCUCGUUAAUUACAAAGCUUUACAAUUCAAAAAUGGAGACAAUUGUAUUAAAACUCUGAGAUGUUAUUUCUUAAGGAAAUUAGUCAUCCUAAAAUGUUGAAAUUGUGCAAGCGAUAGUAAUCAAAACGAUUUAGGCCAAAAAUAACUUUUUAACAGAGCUUUAUGAUCAAUAUAAUUUCAUUUACGAACAUUCGGUACUAUUUCUGUAUGUUGCUUAUUGCACAUAAUAAGAAGCUAUCUUGUUAUCUCCUAUGUCAGAAAUGUUAACUGCGAUAAGACUCUCAAUAUUGUGUAACUCUUAAGAGCCAAAGAAUCUGCCAUGAUAAUGUAACAAGGUCAUACCUCGGUUACACACGGCAAGCACCUACGGUAAAACACUUUGGGAUUGGAGUAUGUUUAAUGCCUGCUAUGAAACUGUCUUCCACAAAGUUGCUUUCCUAUUACAGCAUUAUUCUUACCAAAACCUAUUUUACUCCCAUUUUUUUUAAAACCAUAUAUAUUCAAAAAGACAAAGGGUUCCUUUACAUACUGUAUCGCUGCAAAUGUAGGGAAGGUAAAUUUUGUAAAAUAUUCUGCAGAAUCAUUUAAUAUGAUAAUAAAAGUUUGUAACUAA